UUAGCAAAGACUGCGACCUUGUUCAGGGCGAGCGGCUCUCAGCGGUUUAAGUAGCUAGUUGCCCACAUUAACAUGCUCGCAUCUCGGACAAACGAAGUGACAGCUGGGUGUUUAUAGCGUCCUGUUCAACGUUUAUAUCAUGUUUUCCUUCGUCAAGGCUGCUGUCGGCGGACUAACCGGCAUCUGUCGAGCACACGGCCACCAGCGAGGUCUUAUACACAGUCACUUGAAAGUUCUCGCUGCUGGCCUGAAGACACUCGACAUCCCUCCAGAUUUUACUGAUGUGGUGCUGCCGGAGAAACCCAAAUUGAAGUUCAUGAACAAGAUGCCUAACUUUAAGAAAGCAAAGAAAGAGAUGAAGAAUCUUCGGGAUAUCCAAGGCCCAGCGAGGGCAGCAAAUGCCUUCACGACAGGACAGUUCGCGAUUGUGGCCUUGGGAGGGGGCUACCUUCAUUGGGGUCACAUAGAGAUGAUCCGUCUCACCGUCAACCGCAAGAUGGAUCCCCAGACUACGUUUGCGCGCUGGCGCAUCAAUGGCCCUUAUAAGCCCAUCACACGUAAAGGUCUGGGUCAGCGCAUGGGUGGAGGCAAAGGAGCCAUCGACCACUAUGUGACACCUAUUCGCUACGGCCGUUUAAUUGUGGAAGUGGGAGGAAAAGUAGAGCUAGGGGAGGUUCAGCAUAUCUUGAUUGAAGUGGCAAAGAAGCUCCCCUUUCCUGCCAAGGUGAUGACUAGAGAGAGCCUAGCAGCCCUGCAAAAGAAGCACAUUGAUAGGGAGCAGAACAACCAGAAUCCCUGGACCUUCAAGGAGAUAGCACGUGGCAACAUGCUGGGUAUCAGGAAGGUGCUCAGCCCCUUGGACAUGCACAACCAUGGACGCUUCACAGGAAAAUUUCACCUCCCGUGGAGGGUUUGAGGGACAGAAAUGGACAGUGUCAUACUGAAACACCAACCAGACUACCACCAUGGAAGAAGCAAAUAAAUAGCCAUAUUUGGGAAUCUACUUUAAUUUUUGUUUUUUAUGCAAAAGUAUUUGUGGGAUAUUUCUUAUUUCUUGUUUAAAAAAAAGAUACACUAGAUUGUGUCUUUCAGUAUAACAUGGCAGCUCAAGUAUCAUGCCAUUGAAUGUGAAAAUCUUUCCAUCGAACCAUCUGCAAAAAAAAGAAAGCUCUACAUAUUUCAAUGAAUUGGGGAGAAAUACAAAAUAUUCCAUUGCAGAAGUAUUAACUGACUUUUCAUCUACGUUAUCUAAUUAGUUAAAAUGAGAUCUAUUUCCAUUUAGGGUGGAACAUGAGAUUGUGUUUAAUGCAAAAUUCCAAUUGAUGGUUUGUUAAUUUACAGGUAAAAUAAUGCAUCAUGAGAUAAAAUAUAACCGACAAUAAAAAGCUAAAAGUGAAUCUAUACCUGUUCUCUCAUUUGUUGUGAUAAUACAUGUAAUACUUGUAUUUUAACUUGUUCUCAAUGAAUGGGUACAUUUUGAGUUGCACUCUUGUGCCUGUAAAAUUCAACAAUUACAUUUGCCAAUAUCCUUGGAAAGCACCUCUACAUGGAUCUGAUGUCUGAUAAACUACGGUGUUUUAUCUUAGAGGUAAAAACAAGCUGUUCAUUUUUCACCAGCCAUGCGCUGAGAAUAAACACGGAAACGCAA